GCAGUAGUCUACCUAUGUCAAAUGAACUCUCGGUUGGUUGUUCAGCCUCGCAGUUUCUGGUCACUUCUGAGAAUAGAUCGGGAUAUGAUAUUUGCAAUUCAACAUCGGUCGGUUCCCCACGCAGAAAUGUUGCUCGUUUCCAGCGUCCAACAGCCUUGUUGUGUGAAAGACAACGUUCUGAAUCUCCUGCAACUCAUUCAAAGAGUCGACAGCAAGAUGCUUCCGUUAAUAGUAAUAAACAAAACGAUAGGUUUGUAGCGUCGUUAAAUCUCAUCCAGCAUAGAUAUGAUUUUGAAUCUUUGCAAAAAGAAAUUGCCAAAAGGAGUGGCGUCCUACUCUUCGGAAACAAGGUAAUAGAUGUUUUUAUUAUUGUUGCUAUAGGUUUUGCUCGCUAAAACAGAUGAUUUCGCGAAUGAGGGCUGUCUAGGUUCUGGUACGUGUAGCUCUGUGUACAAGAUGCGACAUCGUACCAAGCCUAAUAUAGUAAUGGCAGUUAAGCAAAUGCGUGUGUCAUCUACGUAUGAAGAGGAAAAUAAGCGUAUUAUGAUGGAUCUAAAUAUUGUUACAAAAUGUUUCGAUUGCUCUUAUAUCGUCGAGUGCUAUGGAAUAUUCUUCUCCGGAGUGAGUUCAUCUUACCACUUUUUACGCUUCAGGGUGAUGUCUGGAUAUGCAUGGAAGUCAUGUCAACCUGCUUAGAUAAGCUAUAUCAUGAUCUUCAUCGUCCAUUUCCAGAAAAAGUAUUGGGGAAAGUGACGGUUGCUGUAAGUUCGUUUCAGUUUGCUUUAUCUUUUUUAAAGAUUACCACUGCUUUAGACUAUUUGAAACGGAAACAUAACGUUAUGCACAGAGGUAAUGCUAUAAUUUUAAUAAGUUCCAGACGUUAAACCAUCUAAUAUGCUUUUGAGUUACCAAGGUGUCAUUAAGUUAUGUGACUUCGGAAUAAGUGGAAUUCUUAAGGAUUCUAUUGCCCGUUCGCGACAGCCGGGAUGCACUGGUUAUAUGGCUCCAGAACGUCUUAACAACUCAACAUAUGAUGUUCGUGCAGACAUUUGGUCACUUGGAAUAUCAUUGUUGGAAUUGGCAACCGGAUCUUUUCCAUACACUGGGACUCAUAUUGAAUUUGCUAUUAUGACCAAAAUAAUUUCAGAUCCACCUCCAUCGUUACCUCACCAUAUACCUUUUACCCCUGCAUUCCGUCAAUUCGUCGAGCUAUGCUUAACAAAGGACCAUACUCAGCGCCCAAAAUAUCGCUCAUUAAUGAGUACUGGAUUUUUUGUUCGGCACAACAAGGAACCUCAUGAUGUACUAGAGUGGCUUAGGGGAUUACCAUUACCACACUUACAGUGUUUAGAUGAAACGAAGACCAAUAAUUGGGAUUGCAAAACUCCUACAAGCAUCACAUCUUCUAUGGAUUAUUUGACUGGUACAAUUGAAUCUCCCGAAUCAGUGACCACUCUUAGUCCAGAUAUUUCCGGGGGUGUGAGUAAUAUCUCUCUUGAUGACUCUUCCGAUUCAAAAAAAGCAUCAUGGGAAAAUAUAAAUAAUCAAGCUGAGGUAGACGUUACACUAGUUGCAGCACCUAAAGUAAAUUCCGAUUCUAACGAGCAAACACAGUUCACUGUUCAUAAAUCUUCUGUAACUUCUGACCAUUUUGUUAAUGAAAAUAUUUCCCCUCAGCUUUCAUCCUUUACAAUUAGUGAACAGUUUUCUGUUGACCAAAAUCCUCAUUUUUUUAGGACCCGAAAUACAAUAGUUGAUCAGAGUUCAGAAAAUUUUAUUAACCUACUAGAGGGAAAGUCCAAUAAGUUCCUCUCCCAGGGCUCUUCAGGUUACGGAUCUGCAGGUUCUGAUAGUUCUCCUGGAUCUCUUGGAAGUGAUAGUCGUCCACCAAGUUCCACCCAAGUUCUUGAUAUGAUAUUACCCAAUAGAAGUGUUAAUGGGAUCCCUCCUUUACCGGUAUUUCAGCGUGCCAAACCUUCGUACACUAUCAGAGUCAAUAAACCCAAUAAAUGUUUGAACAAUAUUUCGGAAAAUAAUGUUAGUCGAUCUAAUUUGUCAAUCCGUCCCACCGUAUCAGAUUCAUUUUCUAAUCAUCCUAGUUGUCAAGUCUCCUCUGUGCAUUCAAUAAGUGGUUCUGAUCAGUGGAGUACGUUAUCCCUAUCAUCUAGAACAACUCAUAUACCUACAUCUCAACCUGUUACGGAAAAUUCUGUUCAUAAUCAACUAACAUCACUCAUUGAAAAAUUUGAACCCAGCUCGAAUAAAGGAGUUGGUUUAUGUGCUAGCACGAAACAUGAAAAGUGUACCCCUUUAGAUAAUGAUUCCCAAGAAAAAGGUAAAAGUUUUGGUUCUUCAAAGAUGGAAUUGAUCUGUGGUCGUCCCAAUAUAAACAAACGGAAAGUAGUUGGCCAAUCACGUUCCUCUUCUGUUGGUGCUCAGUUGCAGCGCUCUCCCGCUAAAAGAUGGUUAGUCAAACCACCACAAAUUAUAAGGAAUCUUCAAGUCGAUCAAAAUCCUUCAAUAUGUGCACACAAUAAUACCACUCGUAUACGUUCGCCAGUAAUUCCAAAUGCUACCUCAUCCAUAUUGAACCCGAACUAUGGGACCAUUUUAGGGAAGAAUACAUCUCCACAACAAUAUCAUCAUCAUUAUUUCUAUUAUUAUUAUGACAAUCAACUCGAUGCAAACAAUCUAAAUAAACCACCUAGUACAUCAUGGGUGGCCAAAGAGAAUAUAAGUGCUCUUGGUAGAAAUUCGCCAUCUUAUUUUACUAAUUCAAACUCCAAUUCAUUGGUUAGUAACUCUCUACCCACAAGCAACAUAUCACCUAUUCUUUCAGGAAGAAUGUGUCAACGAUUAAAUACUCAUCCAAUUCCAAGACAAAGCAGUUUGCAAUUUCCAUCUGACGAUUUUAGAUCUUCCAAGGCGGAGUCAACUUCACUUCUUUUCUCUGGAAUGUUAGGAUCACGUCUACCUAUGGCUUCACAAUCCACUUAUCAGAUUAUAUCUAGCGAGUCCCAUGGGCGAUGCCUUAACCGAAACAUUUUCCAACAUCCACUUGUAUUCAGUAACUCAACGCUAAGAGACACUGGUACAUUAAUAAAGAAAGGUGAACAUCCUAAACAUACACACAGAUCAGUGUCACAACCUCCUAAAUUACGAGAUUGGCUAUCUUUUGAAACAGAAUUGUGAAGAUACACCUCAUGGUACUAAUGCAUAUCAACAAAAAUACCGAGAUCUAUUUAUGUUCCUAAACUUAGUUUCAACUUACCUUUGUCUUUCGAUGCUUGCAUCAGCAUUUUGUUGUUAGGGCGAUUUUAUUGAUCAUCUUCAAAUGCUCACAUUCAUUUCUAGUCUUUCCAUUCUCCAUACAAAAUGCAUAACCUACAAAAGCUUUCAGUAACUACUCUUAAAUAUGUUUAUUGGUAAUCAAUUGGGUUACUUCUGUACAUACUAGUGUAAAUUAUGGUCUUCAUUGUAAUUUAUGCCCUAACAGUUUUAUUUGAAGUCAGUUACCUAGUUGUAUUAUUGUUUUAUUAGUCAAGUCUUGAAUUUUUGGAUGAUUUUUGAAAAUAAUCUUUCAACGAAUUCAUGUUAGGUUCCAGAAAAUAAAAUAUUUUU